AUGACAAGUGUCUGGUCAGGGUCUUUCUGUCUGCCCAGACUGAAAAGGUCACAUCUUUCUGGAGAUCUCAACUGCCUUCCAAAGAUGCUUGCUUCCUGGUCCUUGGCCAAUGUCUCCUUCUUCCAGCCACCUGCUUUCCUGAUGAUUGGCAUCCCAGGGCUGGAGGCCGCUCAUGGCUGGAUCUCCAUCCCCUUCUCCUCCAUGUACACGGCAGCCCUCACUGGAAACUGCCUGAUCCUCUUGGCUGUGAGGAGGACCCCCAGCCUGCACCAGCCCAUGUACUACUUCCUGUCCAUGCUGGCCCUCACCGACGUGGGCCUCACCUUGUCCUCAAUGCCCACCACCCUGGCUGUGCUCUGGUUUGACCAUCGGCUCAUUGGUUUCAAUGCCUGUCUGGUCCAGAUGUUCUUCCUCCACUUCUUCUCCGUGGUGGAGUCCUCGGUGCUCCUGGCCAUGUCCUUUGAUCGCUUUGUGGCCAUCUCCAACCCCCUGCGCUAUGCCGCUGUUCUCACAAACAAUGUCAUCCUCAGAAUUGGGUUGGCCAUUGUGGCCCGUGCUACCAUGUCUCUCUUUCCAGUACCUUUCCUGCUGAAACGUCUGAACUUCUGCCCUAAUAAGACCCUCCUGUCCCACUCAUUCUGUUUCCAUCCUGAUGUAAUGAGAAGAGCCUGUUCUGACAUCACCAUAAACAUCCUCUAUGGGCUCUAUGUGGUUGUGUCCACUGCAGGCAUUGAUUCCCUACUCAUUGUCCUGUCCUACACUCUCAUCCUGCACACAGUCAUGGGGCUGGCGUCUCUCAGAGAGCGGAUCCGAGCCCUCAACACCUGCGUCUCCCAUAUCCUGGCUGUCUUUGUCUUCUUCAUCCCAGUCAUAGGUGUGUCCAUGAUCCACCGUUUUGGGAGGUACCUGCCCCCCAUCAUACAUGCCCUUGUUGCCUAUGUGUACCUGGUGGUGCCCCCUGUGCUCAACCCCAUCAUCUACAGUGUCAAGUCCAAGCCCAUCAGGGAGGCCAUGCUCAGGGUGCUGAGGGGGAAAGGCCAGAGUUGA